AUGGUGUCGUCCCGCUUCGAAGCCGUCGACCGGGAGAUUGAAAUCCUCCAGAGUGAGAUGCGGGCAAUGGCCGCUCGCAUGCGACAACUAGAGGCUGUGGCGACAUCCCCCACAAACACCACAAAGACCGUACACACUACCAUGUCGACGGUGUCAUCGUCCUCACUCAAUGCAGGUCUCCAACGUAUCAUGAACCGCCCCAUGUCUCCCACCUACGUCGGCCCAACAAGUGCGGAAUUCGGUAUCUCUGCUGGACAGAAGGCCUCCGACGAUAGCGACGCCGACGACUUCGUGUCCACCGCUGCCGCGAGCCCCGCGGCCCCUAGGGAUACCGAGCCCAUAGCAGGGGAUCCCCUUGGGUGUCUGGACAUGGAGGAGGCUCUCCGUCUGGUGACUGUGUACGAGAACACCGUGGGCAUCAUGUAUCCGUGCGUCGAUCUGGAUAGCGUGCGCACCUAUGUCAAGGACUACUUUCGGAGCGGGCGCCAACGUGGACCCAUGUCUCCUGCCACCGCCGACCAGGACUGGUUCUUUGCUCGAAACGUGGAGGUCCUGAAGAUCAUCCUGGCUACGGCCUUGUUGGCUGAGUCCCAUGGGCAGAGUGAGAGGGCUGCCCUGCUGGCCGAUAGCGUCGAGGAUCGGUUUGGGGAGCGAAUGAAAAUCCCAGAGGUCGAUAUGAAGGAACUCUUGUGUUUGACUCUGCUGUCCAUCUUUCAUUCCUAUCGCGACGACGAAGUGAUUGCCUGGCGUCUUAUCGGACUGGCUGUCCGUGGGGCCAUGCAGUUGGGUCUUCAUUGCCAGGAGACCUGGCUCCGCACCGGCGGUGUCUUUCCCGGGGAAUUGCAGUGGACUUGGGCGACGAGGCUCUUUUGGUGUAUAUACGUCCUUGACCGGAAAUGGUCAUUCGGAACCGGUCUGCCCUUUGCCAUACAGGACUCCGACAUGGAUAUAAAUCUGCCCGAGCCAGGCGCCUCCACACCGUACCUCACCUGCAUGAUCACCUAUGCCCGCCUGAGCACGAAGAUUUGGGAGCUGGUAGUCGGCUGGCGCAGUCGGCCCCGUUCGGCGACGUCCGAUUACUGUGCGUACCUCGAUUUCCAGGUCCAGCAAUGGAUUCAAUCCAUCCCGCCUGAGUUGCGCUUCGACCCGUCUCGGCACUCUGAGGUUGUUUCCGACCCUCAAGCUGAAAAUAUGGCCAUGCUGCAGGUAUUGUUGGCUUUGCAGGCGAACCAAUUGCGCAUCCUGGUGUACCGACAGAACUUGAUGACCAGCGAGAGCAUCGAGUCCAACAUCGCUGGGGCUUCUACCGCCGUCGAAGUUGCAAAGAGCACCGUCCAUAUGUUGAACUUCUUCUCGCGCGUUUCGGACAUUUAUUUCCAGCGCCCGGAGCCGUUCAACUAUUUCCUGAUCUCGGCGCUGGCAGCGUUGUUCCUUGCCGUGCUACAUGCGCCCGCACGAUUCAGCCAGGUCUGUCGCCCAGAAUUCUAUGUGGCAGUUGAGAUGGUGCGCAAAUCAUCCACACGGGCCCGGACUUCCCGGCGUCUACAGAAGAUCAUACGAAGUCUCAAACUGAUUCGAUUGAACUUGGGCGGGAAAUCACCACGGCGAUCGCAGGGUGUCCAUCAAAAGCAGCCAGCGCCGCAGCCGCGGAGAAGCACGCAUACUGGACACCAAGGCUAUGUCCAGGAUGUGUCUCCCUCGUGCAUAUCCACCCCGACUACAGCGUCAUUCUCUCGCUCGCAAUCCCAGAACCAUGUCUCGGGCAUCCCUACGCCACAGGCCUCGGUUCCUCUGUGGCCCCUGUCCUCCCUAGAUCCAGUGCCGACGGCGGAGAACCUCGAGGAUCCUGUGCGUAACACAUGUGAUGAUCUCACCAGCUUCUUUGAGAUGGCGGGAGGGUUCUAUUUUGAACCACGCGGCGCGAGCGAUGAGAGACCAGUGGCCGACUCUGGAAUUGACGGGAUCGAUGUAUUCCAGGCGGAGGACGAGGCCUUGACCAAGGUCAUGGCCGGGUUAUUGUGA